GCGGUAGCCGAUCGAAGUAGAGAGGAUGAACCACGUGACGUGCUCUUGUUUCGACGUCGUGCAGUGUGCGAGACUCACUACUACUCACGUGUCGGGUGUGACUGGCACUUGCGUAGAUUUCAAGUUAAAUUUGACAUGUGUUUCGAAGUUUUGAAUGUAGAAUACGUUAGUUAUUUUCGACUCGGGACAUCGAAUUUGUUUCUGCGAGAAGUUCUUCAGUUUAAAACUGCACGAGUCAAAUCCUUCCCAUCCGGCUCGCUCGCUGACGCGUUUUAUAGUUCAUCCAUCGAGAACUCUGAGGUCACCUAACCUAACUUCACCCAGGUCAAAGCCGUUCAUCUCAACUCAUCGCUCCUUCCGAAGCAGAGACCUGUUGAUUUCGAUCCAAGAUGACUUCUGUGGAAAAGGUUAGAGUGAAAGUGGUACCUCUGGGCAGUUCUGGUGUUGGUAAAACAUCGCUGGCAAUGAAGUACACUGCAGACGUCUUCUCAAACAUGUAUAUAUCAACGGUUGGCCAAGAAACUCAGUUUAAGGAAAUCAUGGUGGAUGACAAGGUUGUUAAAAUGGAGAUUCAUGACACUGCUGGGCAAGAGAGAUUUAGGGCGGUUACUAGAUCGCUUUAUCGAGAUGUCGAUUGCUGUGUGUUAGUUUUUGAUGUCACUAAUCGAAACAGCUUUGAAUCUCUGGACUUUUGGAUGAAUGAAUUUCUUUUGACAAGGUGUCCUGAGGUUCCUGCAGAUUUCCCAUUUGUUGUUCUGGGUAACAAAUGUGAGAUGGAGCAAAGAUUAGUAACUAAGAAGGAGGCUAUAAGAUGGUGCCAAGAAAAAUAUUGCAAUAUCAAUUACUUUGAUGUAAGCGCGAAGGAGGAUAUAAAUCUUGAACUAGCGUUCCAGACUGUUGCCAAGAAAGCAUUGAAGCUGAAGUCUGAAGAGAUCAAAAUACAACCCACCGAUGUUUCUCAACGGGUUAAGCUGAAAGAUGAAGGACUUAAUCAAAGUAAACAGAGCUGGUGGAGCUGGUGGAGCUGGUGGAAGUCGCGUUUCUCGUGGUGUUAAUAAUAUAGGCAUUUCCCUAAUUCAGUUUUAAAACUGACUGUUAUCUGUAAUUUUGAUCAUGCUCCUAUGGUUCAUGAACUUCAGUAAUUUCACUUUGCAUGUGUAAUUUCCACAAGAAACAAAUACAAAUUUGUAAAUAAAGAAAUCUAAACUCUCCGGAAA